AUGAUUUGCCCCUGCUGGUUCCUCAGCACCGCCGUUAUCAUUGCGUCUUUGCAGUCACUAGGGAACGGGGCCAUGGCUGGACAGGGACAGAAGCCACUCACCUUGGCGUCUAUUGGCGAAAAAGACUUCAACGCGCGUUCUCCCUUCACUCAAGACUUCAAUGUCGUUGCAAACGAUAUCUUGGAGCAGUGGAAGGUCCCCGGCAUGUCUAUUGCCAUCGUCGACGGUCAUGACGUCUUUGCCAAGGGUUUUGGACUUGCAACUCUUCCGGAUACGCCAUCGACGCCAGAAACGCUCUUCUACGUUGGGUCAACGACCAAGGCUCAAACUGCUGCUCUGAUGGCACAGCUAAUCGACUCUAAGGCUUAUCCGGCCUUAUCUCGGGGCUGGUCAACACCAAUCUCGUCGAUUCUUCGUGACGAUUUUCUUCUGCAGGAUGAAUGGGCAACUAGUCAUAUUACUCUUGAUGACGCUGCUAGCCACCGAACAGGCAUGGCUGCCCACGAUAACUCAUGGCAUCGCGAAAUCAACGGCUCAAAGGCCUCUCUACAGGAUAUUGUCCGAGGCCUCCAUGUGAAUCAAAUACUGAAAGAACAUGCGAGGGAUAUGCAGUGUGAUAUUCAGAAGGCAGAUGAUAUCCUCUUUCCGGAGAGACCAAAAUACCCAUAUCCACCAUCGGUCAUCCUAAGCGAACUCACCGGCUUUUAUUCCAACCUAGGAUACGGGCGGUUCAACCUCGUCCAACAACAGCUCUCAGCCAAUUCAGACCAGACCGUUCUGGUUGCUGACCGAACAGAGCUGUUAUGGGCGCAGCAAUGGCGCCUACGUCACGUAUCUGGCAAUUACUGGACCUUGUACAGCAAGAUGCUGCUAGGUAUCAACACAGUCACAAGAUUUUAUGCCGCAGAGUUCAAGAUUGGCGUCAGUGGAAAGGUCACUGGUCUGGAGGUUUCUAUGUACGACAGGUAUGGAGGCGUCGAUGAGGGCACGGUGCUGUUCCAUAAAGUCGGGGGAAACACGGACGGUUGA